UGAUUGGUUAUCCCCCAAAAACGCAAGGCAUUAUGCGGAUGUGAAAGUCGAGAAUAGAACGAUAACAGAAAGGUUAUAAUUUCAUUUCUGUUAAUAAGAUUCUUCCGAAGAAAGUUUCUUUACAAAGGCAGAGAAUCGUCUAGAAUUUUAUCGAUUUUUUCAAUCUAAUAAUUCGAUCGCUUCUGAUUAGAGCAAUAAAAUAUACAAAUUGCCGUUUCAACUGUAAAAGCAAUUGUAUACAAGAAAACAGACACAUCUAUUUUACCGCUGGGAUAAUAAUUUCCUCACAAUAAGAUGAGUUACAAGCGGAACAUCAAAGAAAUUGCAAGUCACCUUAAUCUUCAAAUUGAUCGUUUUAGGUCCUGGAAGGAGUGUUUAAAAAUUGUAAACAUUUGCUUUAUUUAUCUAUGGAAUGCGCACGCCAACGCGUUCGACAUUUGUAUUCGAAGCCAAAGUAAUGCAUUGGUGUAGCGUGUGUUUUAUUGGUCGUGCGGAACUAAAAGCUUUAGGUGAAGAAAAUGAAACUGAUUGUUUGGUUUUGAUACUAAGCUGAAAUGACCACAAGCACGAUGCAACGAUGAGAAACGCAAUUUAAGUACUUUGCCAGAACGCACCUAAAAGUGAAGUUCUCCAUCGUUCUGUGACAUAUUGGCUGACUAUAUAUUUGCUAAAGACCUUACUAGGCUCAUUUGCUCUCAAACGCCUGGACUAGUGUCAGUCAGUCUAAGAACACUAAGGAACAACUUCAAAUUCUUCAUCUCAGCUUAGGUUUAUUAGUAUAUUCUCCACUCGUUUGGCCUCACAUUAGCUGUAAAUUGGACGGUACCGUUUGUUGUCAAGAUGCUGUAGUGCAAAUUGACUGAAGACAGUCCUGACAUUAAAUAGUUCGAGAAAAUUCUCAAUCUGCCAGUUGGCUAGUACUUUGACAAGACCUAAGCAUAUAUAGCUGUUCAAGCUGUUCGUUGAGAACAAUACAAAGGUAGUACAUUCAGUUCCAGACUGACAAGACAGCCCUGUCGCCUAAAGACUUCAACGGAAAAUUCCCAUCCUGCUAGUCGCCGGCUAGUACUGACAAGACCUAAGCAUAGUAAAGACAAGCUGUUGUUGAGAGAAACACAAGCUUAUUACAUUCAGUUCCAGACUGACCGGCCAUCUGUGGCGCCAUUUUUCUCGCGGAAAUUCUAAGACGAGUUGCAAGUAAAUGUGGCGGCCUUUCAGGCGAGAAAAGAGGACUUCAAGAGUGGCAAUCCAAUAAAAGUGGGAGAAAUUUACACAAAACAAGAGGUAAUCAAGCAAUACAGGAAAACUUGUAUAUAGGAACCACGUUAUUCCUAUUGAGUGAAAUAUCUAUUAAGAAAUCUAAUAUAAAUACGGUUUAAUUUUGAAGGACUUCAAGUCGAAGAAAACGAGAAAACCGAAAUAAAAAACGUGAAACUAAAAGCAAACAAAAAAAAGAAGAUAAUAUUUACAAAACACCAUCUCAGUACUGUUCUACAUAUAUCUCUUUGAAUAUGUAGAUGAGCUUAGCAUGGUCGUUCGUCCGUUAAUUACUCAGGAAUAUAUAUCGUGAAUUAAAACCGUGCUUAAAAGCCGACUUAAGUGAAGUUGAAGAUCAAAGGAUGAAGAUGAAUGUUAUUGUAAACAAUACCAAUGGUACCUCGAAUUCAAGUUCAACGACCGAGCCAACAGAGAACGUAACCGAGAGAACUGUUCGUUUAACCUUUUAUGUAGCAACCUUUGUACUGGGAAUGAUUGGAAAUAUUCUCGUUAUGGUGAUAUUAGGCAAGAAAAGCAAGCGCUCCAUCCAUGAAAUGUUUAUUUUCAAUUUAGCAGUUUCGGACCUGACAUUUAUUGCGUUUUGUUUGCCCGUCAACGGCUAUGAACUGUUUGAAAUAAUACCUAAAAUAGAAUUCUACUGUCGUUUUAUUUUUCUCAUGCAGACUAUCACCUACUUUAUAAGUAUAUAUACAAUAACAUCAAUGGCUAUUCAUCGAUGCUACGUAAUCGUGAACCCUUAUAAGCCUAAAAUGUCCACAAAGUCUGCAUCUGUUUGGAUCGCAUUCAUUUGGUUGAUUUCCUUAAUCAUCGUUAUUCCAAUUGCCGUCGUUAACCAGUCGGUGAACGAUGAAUGUCAAGAGAAUUGGUUGGACCCGUAUCACGCUAAGGUCUACACGGCAGCAUUGUUCGUUCUUCAGUUCCUCCUUCCAUUGUGUAUCAUUGCAAUUGCCUAUAUUUGGAUAGGGAUUUACCUAGUCAUGAACAAGGGCCCUCAGACGUCGAUAGGAGGCAGAAGAAGAACCGCAAGCCACCAGAAAAAGCGAAGAGAAAACAAACAGAUUAUUACGACAUUAGCUGCGAUAGUGAUUCUUUUCACCAUCUGCUUGCUACCUGGUCAAAUAGCCUGGAUGGUACGAGAUUUUGGCUCGCCAAAACAACAAAACGACAUUGAAGUGGUUUUUAAAUUUUCAGACAUUCUUGACUUCAUCCACGCAUGCGUAAAUCCUAUCAUCUAUGGACUGCUGACCGAUAAAUUUCGGAAGGACUACAAAGAUGUUCUUGCAAAGAUAUUCACGUGCGGGAAAACUACUGUGGUGCCUGGUACGAAUGAUACUACUUUUCAGAUGGAAGCGAGUAAUAAUAGUGGCCAACAAGCUGCCAACCCUGAGUUACCUAGUGAUGUGUAUUCUGUCGAUAUUAAAGGAUCCCUUGAACAUACUAAUGGACAACAAACGUGUUCUGACGAUAUUAAAGGAUCCCUUGAACAAACUAAUGGACAACAAACAUGCACAAAUAAUCAUGAAGAUUUCAGAUUGUAAGAAUACAUUAGUAUUUUGAUAUAUCCAAUUUGCCUAACUAUGACAGGAAUGAUUGAAGAUGCCAUGUACCUUAAAGAAGUAACCUGGAAAAAAUCGCCAAAAAUACUGAUGGAGACAGUGGUACUUCAUACGGUACACUCUUGUUACUAUGAUUCAGAGUGGGAAGCAAUCUAUGUACGUACAGCUGAACCAAGCCAUUGCGCAUGCACCACUAAUGUACAGUCCUUUUGCAGCUAGAAACAAAAGCAAUUUCCAUCUUUAUCAAGUUAUGUGUAAUUGCUGUCGCCACAGUUAUCGGACAAAUUAAAGUCCGCACCCUUGACAAAGUGGAUCAAACGGCUGGAGAUCAAGUUAUUCACUCGUGCUCAUUCAGCAAGAUAAUUCGUUAAUGCCAAAAGCAAAAAGCUUACCAUUAUUAGCGAUGGACUAUGUUUUUGCCUUAAUUAACUAGCGCUAAAUGUAUAGAGGGUAAAGAAUUGUUUCAUGGAAUGAGAUUUAUAAAUGCAGCCAUGGUUAGAAUGAUUAUACAGUAUGCCGUGGGUAAAGUUUCUAACGUGAUUUUGA